AAGAGCCUUAAUUAUUUCUUUUUAAUUAGGUUUGCUGUGAAUGCAUCAAAGAAAUUUAAGACACCAUACAGUCCAAGAACGUACCUUUUACAAUAUAAUGAUCUGCAACGAUUGUAAUAUAUUCUGGAAUCGAGACGUGCUUGCGGCUAAAAAUAUGAUGUUCAUUUCAACCCAACUUUGGUCCGGUAAUGAACGACCCCAUAUCCUCUCUCGUCCAACAGGACAACGCGCCACAUAGAACGUGGUUAUUCCUCGCUCCGGCGAGCAAAUUUAAAGAUUACCACAGGUAAAGAACAUCAUUUUGUUCAUCGUAGCAUGUCUAAACUAAUAUUUUUUUGUCAAU